AUGGUUUUUACUUACUAUUCGACCCAUAGAACAAGCAGUCCGGUACCAGACAACACACCUGUAGUGACGCUAUCCAACCCACUGCCCACCCCAUUGCCCGACCCAGAUGCGCCGCCUACACCAGCUCCUGGAACAAACAGUGAUGAUCCCAAUGCCUAUGUGGAAAAGCUGUUUUGCAACUGGGUGAAAAACUCACGCCUGGCUUUUUUGAACGAUCAUUUAUCUACUUACCGUGAGCGCGUCAAUCAGGGAAAGUCACAAGCGAACAAUUAUGUACACAAGGUGGUGAAAGAUUACUUCAAACGAUAUCACUGGAAGUUGAAGGUAUCAGACGAGCCUUCUGAAAACAAUCCAUUACAAAUGGAGUCAGACGAGUCUCUGUCCCCAGUCGAACUCAAGCAGAAAUCGCAAAAGAUUAUUGCGAUGCAGAAGGCAAUCAAGAGCUGGCUAGAUUAUUGUGCCAAGUCCUCCAAGAAGUUGCUCGUGCGCAACGGCAAGCCGGAGAACAAUGAAUGGAUUCGGCUUCUCAGCCAACUUUCUGGCGUCCGACGAAACAAACCGAAGGCCUUGCAAGCACACCAGCGAUGGUCAAAAGACCAUUUCGGGACCAAAAUCAAGGCUCAUUUUCUACGGAAGUGGCGCAGUGCUGGGCUACCUAGCAAGAAGAUGGCAGCCUUCCGUGACAAGAUCACAUGCAAGCACUUCAAAAAGCUAUCGAAAGAAGAACAGACUGACUGGAAGGAUAAAGCGCAAGCUGAAGGUAAAGCAGCAAUCCAAGAAUGGAAGGACCGGCUCGAAGCUGCUCCUUCCACAUCUCCCAUCGACAGACAAGUGGCCCUGGAUAACCUAGCAAGUUUUUCUGGGCCGAUUCUGGCUGGUAUGUCCGCAACUCUCGGCAUGCACGUAUCCCUCUUAGUCGGUGGACCCGAACCUCGGAAGCAAGGAAAAAUCACCGUCGUCAGUAUGCAUGAGGGCGUUGAUUUGGGUCCCAUACCAUGCAAUUGGCAGACCCGAGAUCAGAAAAAGUUCAAGAUGGUUACUAAAUAUUUUCAAAAGUAUUUAUCACAAGCCUAUACCAAACAGGACUGCGAUUCCCGUCGCCUUCCAGACGAUCUCGAUAACAUGUUCACCAUUUCGCAGGCAGGCGAUCAAUCCAACGCCAAAGAGGAUCAGACAGGUGGCGAAAUGAAUAAACCGACAGCAGCUAAAUUUAGAUCCCGCCGAGUGAAGCCACGGCAGCAAGGUACUAAACCAGGUCGUGCUUCUCGGCAGAAGCCUUCUAAACCUUCUGAGAUGGACGAAUCAUCAUCCGAAUCAUCUUCCCCGACCUCCGGCUCAUCUUCGUCUUCAUCAUCCUCAGCUUCAUUGAUCUCUACAGAUAGCAAAGGAGAAACCCACUGGGAAUUACCAUUUGCACCAAAGAAAAUGAACUACGGCAGAUCUCAGGCGACUCAACGCAAGGGGAAGCCAUCUUGUGCCAAUGGAAACCAUUUCACAUCUGAAGUGUCGGAUCAGACAUCCGAAGUGCCGGAUCGGGCAUCCACAGUGCCGGAUCGCUCAUCUGAAGCUGCUGUGUUUGAGAUGCUGGAAGAUACCGAAGAAUUUGAUGAGCUUGCUGAGAAUACCAACACCCCCGUUAAUGAGGCCGAGAUAACCAUCGAUCCAUCUCCUGAUGGCAACUUAUCGCUCAACUUACCUGCACUCCCGCUCAGCCCACCGUGGUUCAGAAAUCCAUUCCAGCAGUUGAUGAAUCCUGCUCUGGCUUCUCCCCAGUUAAUCCAGCUAUUUGAAAAGUUGGUAUGCCUCGAGGAUGCCUCGAGCUUUGCGAAUGAGAAAGCUGCCUUGGGAUGCGAGCAUCGUCCAAUCGAAGUCCACUGGUGGAUUUCCCGCGGACGUAAAGGGAAACCAACCAUACCUGAUCUAGACGCAUUCAUGUCGCAAUGGUGGUCCUGGUGGCUGACACUUCAACCGGAGUGGAGAAAAUGUCAGGCGCCAACACUCAUGGCACGUGCAGUUCUCCCUCGCACCGAUGACGGCAAUUGGGACACCCUUAACAAACCAGGUGCAAACGGCAUGUUGUCAAUUGUAGCUACCUUGAAAUGGUGGGCAGACGGUGCCAAUGGCAAAGGGCAUGAAGAGUCCUGCUGGGAAGAUGCUGCAGACGACGUGACUUGGGUUUUGGACCGGCUCACUGCAAUUCGUUCUAUGUCGAAGUCUAAGUCUUCCGGUGGUAACAAGAAACAGGGUUGCUCUGAUACUCAGGUAAAGGUAUCAUCAUCAAAGAGGACACGUAACCGGCAGUAG